CCCUGCUGUGUUAGCUAGUAGCGGAGUGACUUUCAAACCGUACGGUUCAUGUCUGCGGUGCGUACUACACGGCGUAUAAGUAACGUGUGAAUUUCUCUUGUUGUGUGUUCUAGACAAAUGUGUUGAAAGUUAAAGUUGCUUCAAGGCAAAGCGUACGUUUUUUGCGGAAAAUUUUACGAUUAUUGUGGAUGUGAGAUAAUAAGAGAGAAAAAAUUUUGAAUGAAAAAAAAAACUAAUAUUAGCGUGAAGUCAUUCGAAUAACUGUUCAUUGGAACUUAACUUAAAGUUGCGCAACUAAAAUUUACGCAUAACAGCCAAAACUACAGUUACUAGACAAACAAUAACACAUAUAUACCGUUACAAACGCGAACAUGCGGUGCUGUCCGUGAAAUAGCUCUGCUGAAAACAACAAAUACUCAAGUGUACAUACAUAUAAAGCAUCUAAAUUCGUACUCCACACAGUAGAGUAACACAGCACGCUUGUGCCAGUGUAUAAAUCACAGUAGACGCUUUCAAGUACAAAGCGUUAAGUACAAAGCGCGUUGCAUAAAUAUACCCGCGUAUAUGUGUACCCAUGUGUGUGUUCGGGGCAAAGUGUAAAGUGUAGACAAAGCAGAUUAAUGUAAACGUUGCUGCUAGCUAAGGCAUUGAAGCCACAGUCCUGUAUAGUGAGUGUAUGUGUGCGUGUGCAUAUAAAACAGUAAGUGGCAUUGCAUAAAUCAUGAAGCAAUGCGUGUACUAUUAAAUAUUUCAAACCGAAUGCAGAUUUCACAAGUGUGUAAAUGUAUUUAAUGGGCCGACACGUAGCGUACCAGUUGACGGCGCCGCACUGAAGUGGUCGAAGUUACAAAAUCAGCGCUGCAUAAAACAAUGUCACCAGUAAGAGCACAAGUACCGACAACCGAUGCAGCCUUUAAACUAGAAGCCAAAACAACAACAGCGUUACGCGCCACUGAUGCAACAACGGAAGUGCUAAUAUUGAGUAACUGUGAAAAUAACGAAAAUUUAACGGAAUUUAAUAGAAGUUAAAGAGUUGAAAACACAGUGAGUACACCGGAGUGGUGCAACGAGUGCGCCGGUUGUGCAGUGUUUUGAGUACGCCUACCGCAUCACGGGCGGAGGAAAUAGACGAAUAACAGGAAGUGUGAGCAAAACAGGAAGUGCUGAAAUAGCAAAAGGCAAGCGAAAUAAACGGAAAUAAAGAAGUAAAAACAAACACACUGUGUGCCGAAAAUUCAGCGGAAAUGUUUACAAAAAUGCAAAAAUUCUACAUUUUAGCAUUUUCAAUUGCAACAGUGUUGGUGUUUGCUGAUGCAAAUGGUUUCGCCGAGUCAGUGCAGCAGCAAGCGACUGCGACAGAGGAAGCGCCGUUAGUGGGUAUCACGAGGGUGGUGACAGAGCGCGAGCAGGAAGGUGGUGACAAUGAAAAAACGACGCGACAACAAAAACUGGCGGCAAGCGACACACAAACCGCAACGGCAAAGGUAGCAGCAGCGACAACAACAACUGUGACAUUAGCAUCCUCAAAUGCGCCGGCAACACUAACGUCGACCGACGAUGUGGACGAGCAGGUUUUGAAUACCGCAACAACAGAGCCAGCAGCAGCAAAGGCAGAUGAGGGAGUGAGUAAUGAGCAGGCGAAGCCAACACAGCGGCAAAAACACUUCGCAGUAGAGGAGGCGGCAGCAGCAACAAAUCAGCAAGUACAUGCCGUUGUAAAAAAUGAUAUUAGAAAGCGACCAACAACAGCAACAACAACCGAAAUUAAUGCUGCGGCAACACCCGCCGCCAUGCCCACACGCAGUGGCAGUGCAACAGCAGGCGGUACGGCCAACAAAUUUGGGGAAGCGCCAACUGAGAAUGCCGAAAGUAAAUCACGUGCGGAUACACAUCCGGCAGGCAAUGGUGCGGCGAGUAAUGGUGGUGGCGGCGGCGGCGGCGGGGCAGCGAAACCCAAAGCGCACGGAAAUGUAGCAAAAACACAAAUCAUUAAAAAUGCAAAAGAGUUGCGUACGGAACGCUUGAACGAGCGAGCGGAUGUGUAUGCAGAUGAGCUGGUCGGCGAGCGCAGUGACUUGAAAGUAGGGGAAAUUGAAACGGCCGAUGGGGUUGCAAAUGCGGAGUUCGAUUCUAAAACUGUAACAAAGCAGUGGGGUAACAAAAUGGAGGCAACUAGUGACAUUCAGCCAGCAAUUGUUAAGGAAAACAGCGAAACAAUGCAAGCAAAGAAGCCGCAAGAACAGGAAACCGCAGAGUGGCUAAAACAGGCGGUGACGACAAGCGAGCAGAUGAAAGGUGCAGGCGACACUAAAACUUUAAGAGCGAGCCAUGCUGAUAACGCGCAGACAGACACAAAGUCGCACGCAACCGAAGAGACAAUGGUGGAACCAGUAAAGGAUGACAUCGUAGAAAUGCAAACAGCGAAGGAUAGCAUCAAUAUCGAGCUCCGACUCAAGGAUGGUCUCUACCGCAUUAAAUUGGCUGAAAUUGUAACGGACGAAUACAAUGGGAGUGACACAGAAGAGAAGCAGCAGCUGCAGCAGGCAACAGUUGGCGCACCAACUGUAGCGAGUGCAGCCAAACCCAGCGAACUGCUGGAAAUAGAAAUGAGCUCGGUAGCAGGGGGACAGCCAACUGCAGGGGCUGUGACAACAAUGCUACACGCACAUGAACAACAAAAACAAGAAGUAGUCACUGAACAACUAGGCCAACAUGCAACGCAAACUACACUGACAAAUGCAGUCGAACAAAAAGCCAAACAACAACAGCCAGCAGAACCAGAACUCGUGCAGCAGCAACCACCACAACAACCGAACCAAUUACGCCGCAAGCAGCCAGCGCACAAAGAUAUAGAAAACCGACAGGUGCAGCAACACAAUGUGCACACCGCAAGCCAGUUGGAUAACAUGAAUGGCAAGCACACGAACAAGAAGCAUGAACAAAACAACAAAGCGCAGAAUGACCAUGUUGUGAACACAAAGCAUACAACUAGUGUAAUUGGGUCGCGAUCCGCUGCACAGCCGACACCGCCCGCACUCAAUAUAGUUGAUCUAUAUCCCAUGAAAAUGGAAGAUUUCAAUCCAAUUAUACGUGACUCCAAUGCGAAGUUGCUGAAAGAGCGUACCAUCUAUAAGCCGACGGAUAGCGUUGAGGAUCAGCCACCACAGUCCACUGAAGAGUUGUAUGAACGUGCCGACAACCCGGAGGAAGUGAGACACCAACAGCAGAAUUUAUUGCCAAAUGAAGUGAAUGCGUUGGAUAACAUUAUACAACGUUACGACAACAUCAACAAUUUGGCAGCCGCACGACACAGCGUCAAUCGUCGGCCCAAUACGGCAACAACAACAGCUACCGCACCGAGGACUGGAGUUGUAACGGCGCCUAUUAGCCAACAGCAAGCGGGCCGGCAGGCAGAUAGCAUCAGUGAUUUCACCGGAAAACUGCUGGCCGAACAGGAUGGUGUCAUUACGGAAAUCGAGCAAAAGUUCCGCUUGAAUGAGUUUGCGGCAACGCCGACAGUGUUGGCAACCGAACCACCACCACCACCCACACGCCCAAUAACAAAGCAAGCAACUGCAAGUAAAGAACAACAACUGCCUGCGGGCAAAGCGAGCUACAGUGUCAACCACAAAGUGCAGCCAACCAAAAGCACCGGCAAUAAAUAUACAAAAUACAAGGGCGCUGCAACGCAACAUGACUUCAUUGAGCGACGCGUCAAGAAGAGUUUCGACUUCCCUAUGCAUCGCACUGCCAGCGUUAGCGAUGCACUCGGCAUGCCACAUGUCGAUUUCGCCAAUACCAAGUUCAACACGGACGCUGCUGCAGCGCCGCAAAGCCAUAGCGAGGUGGCUGCUGGUGGCGCGGAGGGCGGUGAGGGUGCCAUGAGAGCUGUACUUGGUGCGCAUCCGGAAUUUUCAACGACGAAAUUCUACAACAGCAAAGAACUCUACAAUGAAAUGAUGCUGCACAAUCGGCAGCGGUUGAAGGCAAAAGCCAAGGUGGAGCAAGCCGCAGUCGCGGCAGCAACAACAGCCAAGAAUACCGUUGAGAGUGCGGCAAGUCGAUUUGCAUUGCGCCAAAGUUCAAAGUUGGAAACUGCGCCAAACUAUACGCCAAACGCAGAUGCGAGCAAAGCAAUUAUGGGUGAGAUGAACAUGAACUCGCAGCGUCGGGUUAAUAGCGUCAGCGUCGCCAAGAAUGUAACUGAGUUGCGCGCAGAUAACAACAAAGUGGCGGCGAAUGUGGGCAGAGAGGAGGUGCUGAAGGCGAAGAGUGUUGCAGAGAAUGCAGGCAAGAAAGUCGCGGAGCGGUUGAGUCAGUUGGUAAUGCCAGAGCACGCAAUGGAAUCCAAGCAAAUGUCGAUUGCAACAACCACAGUUAGCUCGGCAUUUCCGCAACCAGUUGUUGGCGACAAACCAACAUCGAAGAAAUACCAAAAAGAGCUGCAACGCGCUAAAUUGCUACUCAAAACACUUUUGUUGCCGCCGACAAGCGAUAAUGCCACCAUUGCGCAUAAGCACAAGCCAACUGCAGCCACAGCCACAACAACGAACGUAAUUGCAGCAGGAAAUAGCCGAAAUUACAGUCAUCAAGCCACAGCUGCAGUCACGCCUGACACAGUUACGGCGAGUCAUUUGGAUUUGGCAGCAACAGCCAAAACUUUUGACAUUACGUCCGCACGACGCAAGAGCCAGGCAGUUACGCCCUCAAUAGCGACGCAAGCAGCUGUCGGCAAUAUUGACAGCACCAUUUACAGUGCAAUCAAGAGCAAGCAAGUUGUCGCAGCACCACUGCAACGGGUUAAUUUCGAUGGCGUUGAUAUAGUGCAUGUUAAGCGUGCGCAACCAACACGAGCGGCAACAACUGCUGCAACUACAGUAACUACAGUAACUACAACCAUCAAGUAUGGUGUGACAACAGCAUCAACGUUAACUGCCCAAAAACAAAAAACACACGCAACCCCAACACUGGAUGACCCCACAACCCCUUCAUCGCUCAUCUAUCCAUAUCCGCAGUUGCAGCGUGCAAAGACGACCCAUAUUAGCCAACCGCACGACACCACAGCCACCGUGCGCCUCAGCAGCAGCAGCAGCACAAUGCCGCUGUCGCCCACCUCGACCAUCACCACCACCGCAAAUCUCUCGAAAUCCUCCUCAAAGCCAAUUGUCCGACCACGCAUACUUAGUCGCCUGCAGGAGAAAAUCAACUCACUCGAAUGCGAAAUACAAAACGUGCCGAGCGAUGCGCACUUGUGGCGGGGCAAUGAGACGCAUGAACUGCUGCUACCCAUUAUGACCUCCGAGAAUUGUCCAUACGGUGGUACUGACUGCACACCUUUAUCGCCCACCUGGGAAGGUGAAGCUGAAAUUCAGUCGGGCGAUAUUUUAAUAGUGGAAAUCAAUGACACCUUAUUGCAUUUGAAUGAACACCACAUCACCCACACCAGUCUUGCCCACAAUACACAAGUCUAUCAGGUGACACGCUCGGGACAUGAGCAUUGCGAUGUUACCGAGGGUAUACUAUUGGAUAUAACACCGUUAGUUGUCGAUGGCAGGAAACUGGUGACACUCUAUGAUAAGGACCUCACCGAGGGAGUCAACUUGCUAAUUGUUGUUUCCGAGUUGUGGGGCACGCAGUGUGUGCGUCUGAAGGUCACCGCAAAAACCGACAAUUGUGGCGAAAGCGCCGAGUGCUCCGGCAAAGGUGUGUGCUAUUCUAAUCCGGCAAUGGAGGAGUAUGAGUGCCAGUGUUGCAGCGGUUUCGCGGGACCACAUUGUGAGGAGAUCGACGCCUGUACGCCGAGUCCAUGUACAAAUAAUGGCAUCUGUGUUGACCUCUCGCAAGGGCAUGAGGGGAAUUCAUAUCAAUGCUUGUGUCCGUAUGGAUAUACGGGCAAAAACUGUCAAUACGAGUCGGAUCCAUGCAACUCCGCGGAAUGUAUGAAUGGCGGUAGCUGUGUUGGCAAUUCGACGCAUUUCAGAUGUGACUGCACGCCCGGCUAUACGGGGCCACUGUGCCAGCACAGUCUCAACGAAUGCGAAUCAUCACCAUGUGUACACGGCAUUUGUGUGGAUCAAGAGGAUGGCUUCCGUUGUUUCUGCCAACCGGGAUUCGCUGGUGAACUCUGCAAUUUUGAAUAUAAUGAAUGCGAAUCGAAUCCAUGUCAGAACGCUGGCGAAUGCAUCGAUCAUAUUGGCAAUUUCGAAUGUCGCUGCACCAAAGGCUAUACGGGAGCGCGCUGUCAAAUUAAGGUGGAUUUUUGCGCUAACAAACCUUGCCCCGAUGGACAUCACUGCAUUGACCAUGGAAAUGAUUUCAGCUGUGAAUGCCCGGGAGGACGCAAUGGCCUGGAUUGUAAUCAAAUGCCACGAAAGCAAUGCAGUGAGAAUCUAUGCAAGCAUGGCGGCACUUGCUGGACCAGCGGCGCCUCCUUCUAUUGCGCCUGCCGACCCGGCUACACGGGCAAUAUGUGCGAAGACGAAUUUGUUGUGGAGACUGUCGUUAGUUCCAGCGAGUUUAUGGUCGACGAUACGAGCGCCAGAAAUUUUAAUGACAAAACUUUCGGUUCAUCGGUUGUGCUAAAGAGUCCCAUUGAAUUGCAUAAUGCAUACUUUGGAGCGGGUGUGUUGGCGGCAGCCGUUUUCAUUGUGGCCGUUGUGGUGGCCAUCUGUCACUGCAAGGUGAAUCAGACGUACCGUAAGUUUUCAACGCGUUCCUCCAGCUUCUUUCCAAUACUGGGAUUUGGACGACGCAGCAAAUCCCAAAGCAAACUCAACAAACACUGGCUCAGCGGCAAGGGACUGGGCGCGGGCGCUAGUGGCAGCGGUUCAUUGCGCUCAUCGGGCUCAACGACAUCGCUGACGCGCGGACACCUACCCUCGGCGCACAGUGGUGGCGCAACGUCACAGCAACAGCGUCAACAACAGCAGCUGCAGCAGCAACAGCUGGGUGGCGGCCAAAUGCACGAACGACCGUUCCAACGGCAUUUGGCGAUGAAUUUGGAGAAUGAUAUGUAUUAUACAGUUGAUUUUAGCGAGAAUUCACAGCACUCACCGCUGAUACAGUGAGACGCAAACGGUAAAGCGACGGCGGCGGCCACCGACACUAUUGCCGCUGCGGCUGCUGCUGUUGUGGGCAGACUUGUGGUGCGGGCGUUGGUGGGUGUUGUUGGCCGGAAACGGUAUGGCACGGAUAAGAGGGUGACAGUGGGUACUGAAGCGCAGCACAACGUUGCGAAUAGCAGUUGUAGCAACAACAACAAAUAUAAUAACAACAAUACGCCCACUAGUUGGUUAGUUAAAUUUACAAAACGUUCUUAUUAAACGGCCAAACGCUGAUUAUUUACCGAUCAUAAUUACGUUUGUGUAGACGACGCUGAUAAUAAUUAUGCGAUAAUUAUAAUGAUAAUUGAAAAUAAUACAAAUGUACAGACAUACAUAGAGUUGUAGUUGAGGUAGUGGUGAAGGUGGCUGAGAGAGGAGAGCUUAAGCUUGUAGCUGUCGCCACUCUCUCUGGUCUCCAAGGAGUUUUUAAAGUUUUUUGGGUGAAAUACUGCUGUUAUUGAAAUCUUAAUUGAAAAUUUCACCUUUCCACUCAAGUCCGUAGAUAUGUAUGUCUGUAUAGUUGCAAGUGUUGACGUGUAAAUGGGGU